UUUAAGGUCUCUUGCAGAGCAGAAGUGAAUUCGAAUUGAGCGGGACUAAUUGUUUUAUUUUGCUAAAACUUACGAGAAACAGGGAGAAUUUUUAAAUAUUUUUAAAAUUUAUGAAAGAAAUAAUAUUACAACAGAUAUUUCAAAAAUAAAAAUUAGAAAAAGUUAAGCGAGACAUUUUCCUCUAUUCAACCAACCCACUGCGAAUAAAACAACCAAAGUGCAUUUCAGUGAUAGAUGCAACUAAUCACAGAAAUUAAGACAUUUUUUGUUAUACAAAAAAUUUUGCAUUAAGAAAAAUCACAUUUUUGCAAAAAGUAGCCUAAAAAACAAACGAAAGCGUGAACAGUAAAAAUUGCGUGAGGCACGCAACAAAUUGUAAUUUAAAGAAAUAGGGAACUUGUGAAAACUCACAGUGAAAAUUUGUUAAAGAAAAAGAAACAACGACAAACAUAGUGAAAGUCACAAAAGCUAUUUGCGGGCUGGCAAUACAAACUGCAAAUAUAUUGAAAGGGUAAAAAAAAUUCAAUAACAAAAAUCUUGCACAUUUUGCGUGCAUUUCUCGAGGGAAACAUUGGUGCAGCAAAUUGUAUACGUUCAUUUAGCCACUCGACCACACUCAACGCUAACCAAAGAAUUGGUUCCAUAUUUACAACAAAGCAAACCAGCAACGGUGAUAGUACUCGUAAUAGUGAUAAAAGCAGAGUCAACGACAGCAACAGCCUUAAAAUGACAAGUGCGACAGCCACCAAUCUAAAUCGCUCACAUAGUUUUGUGAAUGCACUGAGGUGGUGGCCACUCCAGGGUCACAACCAUCAGUCGAACAAUGCAGCACAAGGAAGCGGCGGCGGUGGUGGUGUUGGUGGUGGAGGUGGGGGUGUAGGUGGCGGCGCCAGCGCAGCCAGCGGAUUAAGCUUGUUGGGAUAUCUACACAAUAAAAAUUCAACGUUUGGCAGCUCUGUGGCGGUGCAAAAGCUACGUGAAUCUAAGUGGUUCAAGCGCGAUGAGCAGCGCAUUUUCUGUGCCGUCGUUGAAUGUGGCUUCAUUGUCGAGGUGCGCAGCAGCAGCAGCAACACCAACAACAGAAAUAACAAACGUACAAUGCGCAGUAAUAGUAGCGGCAGCGGAGGCAGCGGUGUUGACGAAUAUGAUGUUGACGACGACAAUGACGAUGAGGAUGAGGAGACGCUGCCGUUGCCAAUGAGGGCGCAGGAUGAAAACGAAACACCAAUGACGUCAUGGUUCGGCAUUGUCCUGUGCAAAACGGCAAAAGACAAUAAACCUAAACCUGAAACUAUCGAGAUAUAUAGUGUGAAAAUUCGUGAUAAUGGCACAUUUAAAAUGCUCAAACUAACACUCGAGGAUAUCUGGAAUCAAGGCUGGGAACUGCGAAUUAAUAAUUUCGCCGACAAGGAGAAAUCAGCACAUAACGAAAAGGACAUACGAAAUCAGGUGUCCUUUGCGCGCAAGGCCAAACACAGUUUGUGGAAUAAUAACAAGCAUUUCGUGUAUUGGUGCCGCUAUGGUAGCCGCCAGCAAGAUGUGCGGAAGCGACAGAUGUCCGAGUGCGUAAAGUGGGGCAGCGUGGGCAUGAAUGCCGGCAUGUUGUUGCUAAUGAACAAACAAAAAUCCUACUCCACCUCCAAGUGAGGGGAUAUACAUACAUAUGCACAAGCGUAAGCAGUUAACGGCGUAGAAGAAUCCAACAAAUCCCCAGUGAGGAUUCGCGAUCGAUCAAUCAAUCAAUCAAUGGAGAGAGAUAAAGAAAGAAAUAUUGCACUGAAGAUAAGAAGCAAAAACAAAAAAAACUAAAAACAGAAACAAAAAAAAAACAAAAACAACACUGAAAAGAACGUGUAUGCCUCUACUUAAGUUUCAUUGAUUUUAUAUACACAUACAUACAUAAAUAUACACACAUAAAUACACACUCACCUAUAUACACGUACGUCAAUACAAUACGUGUGCAUACAUACAUGCAAGGGAUUUGUGGCGCUAUAAUUUUUACA